UAUAUAUACACUUGUUGCUUAUGGGAAAAAAUGAUUAACGUGACCAGAGAACUUUCAUCCACCAAAAAGCGGGUUGUGGUGAAUGUGAUUUUGACUGCCAUUCACAAUAUCUUUAAAAACAGAUUGAAAAGCAAGAAAUCUGUGCUGUGAAAAACGGAAAAUGUUGAGCAUGUGGCAUAAUAUUUUGUUACUGCGGAAAGGCCAGUGGGGUUGGGAAAGAAAACAAACCCCAAACCAGCCAACCCUCUUGCAUCAACAGACAUUGCCCCACUCUGCAAAGAAAAUUGGCCUCAUGUUCCAAAAAAUGCAGACCAAGGCCAGCUGAAACCUCUACCGAGAAAUGAAGUGUGUUGGUGUUUCGUGAGCAGGGCAUCGUGUUCGGGUACCGCCAUCCCAGAAGCUCAGCUGCAGAUUGCCUCCUCAGUGUCUUCCAAAUGACAAAUGAAACCCUAAAUAUCUGGACGCAUUUUGUGCCUGCCUGCUACUUCCUAGGGAAGCUGCUUGCCUUGUUAUAUUCGCUGGAUCUCUGCAACAACGCGUACGCUUGGCCCCUUCUUGCCUACAUGAUCACCUGCUGCAUUUACCCCUUCAUGUCCAGCUGUGCCCACACAUUCAGUACGAUGUCCACUCAGGCGAGACACAUCUGUUACUUCUUUGAUUACGGCAGCCUCAGCAUCUACAGCCUGGGUUCUGCAAUUGCUUAUUCAGCGUACGUUUUCCCAGAUGAAUGGCUCAAUAGCACUUUCCAUCGCUGUUACGUGCCCAUUGCUGUGUGUAACGCAGCCCUUAGCACUGGUCUCUCCUGCUUUUCCAGGCUUGGGGCUCCAUACCAUCACUAUAACAGCGACAUCAUAGAAAGGUUCCCAGAGCUGGAGCAGCCCAGGUUCAGCAAAGUCCUUCGCACGCUGGCAUUCGCGUAUCCAUACCUGUUUGACAGCAUCCCACUUUUCUACAGGCUGUACCUGUGUGCAGAAAACAGCUGCGCAGAAGGCGUGAUCCCCAUCCACAUCCAACACAUGGUAUUCGCCUUCCUCACCUGCUUCAUCUUCACUACACAUCUGCCGGAGAGACUUGCACCGGGGCACUUUGAUUAUAUCGGACACAGCCACCAGGUCUUCCACAUAUGUGGAAUCGCUGGCACGUACUUCCAGAUGGAGGCCAUCAUGAUGGACAUGGCUUCACGACAUGACCGGCUUCGAGCUUCCUUCUCUCUUCCUACCCUCUCUCAGACAGUUGGUUUGAUUGGCGUCUGUCUUGUCAUUAACUUCAUCAUCAUUGGGGCUUUCUCAAAGGCACUGUAUUCAGCUCCAGAGUCCUCCAAGAGAGAAAAAACCACGUAGGCACUUGAUUACACUCCUGCAGAUGAAAGGGAAUCAAGUCAUAUUAGUACCAUGUCAUGAAAGGUGGCAAGACAUUGGUGAAUGUUCUCUGGAAAACCCUUAUUUAAGGGUUUUCAGGAAUGAGUUGCUUUGUAUUACACCGUCUUUGUACACAUGACUCCCAAGUUGGGAAGAAAUUGGGAGAAUGUUUUUAAGUCAAGUUGAUAUUUGAGCUCAAAAAGGA